AUGGGCUCUGCACAAGCCUUGGACCUUCAAGCCACACCCGAGGACUCUGGUGAGGCAAGCGCCGCAAACAGGUCAAAGGAGACGUUUUGCUUGGCUGAUGACCACGAGGAUGAUAACGACCCGGCCCAGUUGACGAUCCAACCGAAUGAUUCAAACCACCCAUCGACACACGAGACCCUCAAGUACUCUCUUCUCGGCCCCUCAUUGCUCAAAGCAGGACAGGAGUCGGUUGACCAGUCCAAAGUAUCGGAUGUCAUAUACCAUGCAUCCAAAGGCUCCAAGUAUUUUGACAGGGAGGAGGAGAGGGACAAGCUACUGUCCUUAAAAAUCAAUCAAAUCCUCUCGAAAAAGGCACAGCUCGAGCGCCUGGAUUUAGCCCGUGAUCUGCGACUUGUCGAUACACUCCUCUCACAGCUAGAAAAUGGGCGCGACCUCUCGCAGUUCAUCGUGCACGUUGACUGCGAUGCCUUCUACGCAUCGGUCGAGCUUUUGGACCGCCCAGAGCUGGCGGACGUGCCCUUUGCUGUGGGUAGAGGAGUUCUUUCGACAUGCAACUAUGUCGCGCGCAAGUUUGGAUGUCGAAGUGGUAUGGCGGGCUUUGUGGCAAAGAAGCUAUGCCCACAGCUCGUGCUGCUAAAGCCUGAUUACACAAAGUACAAUGCGAAAGCUCAGGAUAUCAGACAGAUCCUGGCUGAGUAUGACCCUCGUUUCGAGAGUGCCAGCAUUGACGAGGCGUAUCUUAACAUCACACAAUACUGCUCUUCGAACAACACGUUACCCGCUGCAGCGGUGGAGAAACUUAGGCAGGAGGUUGCUGAAAAGACUAAGAUCACUGUAUCUGCAGGUAUCGCGGCCAACACCCGGCUCGCCAAGAUUUGUUCGAACAUGAACAAACCCAACGGACAGUUCAUUCUACCUAACGAUCGAGACGCAAUCCUGGACUUUAUGAAAAUGCUACCCUGCCGCAAAGUCAACGGCGUUGGCAGGGUCUUUGAAAGAGAGCUCGCGGCGCUCGGCAUCAACACUUGCGGAGAUGUAUUUGACCAGCGAAUGUUUCUCAGCCAAUUAUUCGGGAACAAGGCCUGUCACUUUCUUGUCCAGUGCUACCUGGGCCUUGGAAGAACAAGGGUGCAGCCAGCCGAGGAGUACGAGCGGAAGAGUGUAGGCACCGAAAGCACCUUUGCAAGUAUUUCUGACAUUGGCCAGCUACGCCAAAAGCUGCGGUGGACAGCAGAGGAACUUGAAAAGGACCUGAAGCGCGCCGCGUGCAAAGGACGCACGCUGGUCCUCAAAAUCAAGCUACACACCUUUGAAGUAUACACCCGACAGGUUGUCUUGCCGCGGGCGCUGCAACAGGCCAACGACCUGUACGGCUAUGCACUUCCCAUGUUAAGCAAAUUGGAACAGGACAUACCCAACAUGACCGCCAGACUUAUGGGCUUGCGGUGUACUCAUCUGAUGAGUACCAAGCGUCCUGACGCCCUCGCUUUUUUUGGAAUCAAGUCACCAGGAAACACCGAAACCUCGAGCAACCAGAACCCCGACAACAGAAUAGAACGUGAGGAGAUAAGGGAACCUAUUGAUGACGACCGCGAGUGGGAGGUUUGGCCCGAGGCGGAGAGUGAUGGCGGUGGGAUUCUUAAGCCAGGAUCGAGGGACUGCAAGGGAGGCUCGGUUGCGCCACCGCAAUUGCAGGGACCGCCUCUAGAGAGCGAGUUGUUAAUCAGCCAGCCGCCUGCCGAACCUGCGGUACCAGAGCCUCGCCCCCACGGCAAGACCAUUACGGCUAACCCAACGAGCAGCAGCAGUGGUUGGGGGCCACUAUCAGAGAAGAAAGAACUGUGGUCAUGCCCUGUGUGCCUCCGUGGGCAACCUGCCGACGAAAAACAAUUCAAUAGCCAUAUUGAUAAUUGCUUGUCUCGUCGUACCAUCCUCGAGGUUGUACAGCAGAGCUCGUCUGCGCCAAGCCUUGAAAAAAAGAGUGUCGGGGCGAAGGCUGACAAGAAACGCAGUCGACCAGCCGCGGCGGCGGAGAGUCCCAACGACCACCGGCAAAAGAAGAUCAGUUUUAAAGGCGCAUAA